AUGAACAUCGAGGAAGAUAAAAUCCCAUUGACAACAUAUAAGGCAAUCAAUGAUGAAGUAGCGGAAAGACAAGACAAAUUGAAGAAACAAAUUGAACAUAUAGAAAGAAUAUUAACCGAAUUGUUGGAAAAUGGCCAGUUAGCAAUUACAAAAAAAGAAACAGCAAUUACAAAGACAAUAGGGAAAGGA